CAGACUGAUACUAAAUAAAAUACUGAACCCUUGAGGUCCUCGGAUUAGAUUAGGUAAACUCUUGCAAGAGACAAGAACCAUAACGAAUCCAAUCUACUAACUACCACUUAUUAAUCUAAUACGACCGGUCAUAUACAUACGAUCUUCAUCCACCAAACCACGAACUAAACACCCAUCACCACCAAGUCAAAGUCAGAGCAACCCAGACAUCAACCAUGUCAACAACAACAGCACUCAACCCCGACCCAUCCCCCGGCUCCCUAGCCUUCAUACCCCUCGAAGCGAACCCCGAGCUCAUGACCUCCCUUCUUCACAAACUAGGCCUAAGCCAAGCCCUCCAGGUCCACGACGUAUACUCCAUCACCGAGCCCGAACUCCUCGCCUUCGUGCCCCGACCCGCCCUCGCCCUGCUCCUCGUCUUCCCCGUCUCGGCCACGUACGAAUCGCACCGCCUGGCCGAGGACGCCGGCGUACCGGAGUACGCCGGCAGCGGCGACGACGAGCCCGUGCUCUGGUACAAGCAGACCAUCCGCAACGCGUGCGGGCUGAUGGGCCUGCUGCAUGCCGUGUCGAACGGGCCCGCGCGGGGCUUCAUUGAAUCCAACACCCCCCUCCACCGCCUCCUAACCGCAUCCAUACCGCUCCCCCCCGCCCAGCGCUCCGCCCUUCUAGAACGCACCCCCGAGCUCGCCGCCGCGCACCAAGAAGCCGCGAGCCGGGGCGCGACGGCCGCGCCCGACGCCCAAGACGACGUGGACCUGCACUACGUGUGUUUCGUGAAGACGGAGGACGGCACGCUGUGGGAGCUCGACGGUCGCCGCAAGGGCCCUAUUGCCCGCGGUAAGUUGGGCGACGGCGAGGACGUCCUGUCCGACAAGGCGCUGCUGUGGGGGCCGCUGCAGUUCCUCGAGCGAGGGGGUGGCGAUAUGCGCUUUAGUUGCGUUGCGUUGGCCGGGUCGUUGGAUUAGGGUGGUGGUGAUAGGGGGGGGUGCCUGGUCUGCGACGACCUUCCCACGUACAUAUGUUUUCUCUAGGGAUGGACGAAUAAGGAUGUCUGUGUAAGUUAAGCCGUAGUGUAUGAUGUUGUACCCAUAGUCACGUUUUUCGUGAAAGCCAGGUUGUUUUUUCAUGGACAUAUAAAUAAACGAUAAUACACCUGAGUUCUGAGGAGGAAUGCAUAUAGGGCUGUUGAUUUUUGAACGGUCAAUAUACCGCUCCAGUCCUGGCUUCGAUAGAAGCAACACGAGGAAUAUGGAUGUUCUAAUGAUACUACUUAUAAUCGACUUUGACAAUCUUGGUUACAUUCUAGGAGUAAUUUCUUAGCAAUCUUCAGACCAACUGUUCAGUCUGUAAAAACCUCCUUGUCCCAUACGCCAUGUCCUGCAUACUGACCCCCGCAAACAAUCUUCC